ACAUCUCCUCUGCUGAAAGAUCACAGCCAUGGAAUUUAACUUCAAUCCUUAUAUGCUGCAAGGAGCCAAAUGCCAGUUUGAAUCAUCUACCAGCAUUGAUGCUGGGUACUUCAGCGCCUGUGGAAGUCUUUCUCCAAGCUCCUCAAUUGAUUCUGGAUGUUUUUCUCCUCCUACGAGCUGUUGGGGAGCUGGAAGACAGCCGGAGGCUGCUGAAAAAACAGACGUCGACUGCAUACCAGCUAAAAACCCGAGAAUAAUCCUUCCUGCUGAGGGAAAGAGACGUUCCAGGUCCAAAAACCCUGGAACGAAGCGCCAGACAGCCAGCGAAAGAGAGAAGCUCAGGAUGAGAGAUCUGACCAAAGCUCUCCUUCACCUCCGAACCUACCUACCUCCUUCUGUGGCUCCUCCUGGACAAACCUUGACCAAGAUUGAGACCCUUCGCCUCACUAUUAGCUACAUCUCGUAUCUUUCUUCUCAACUGGAACAGUCUGAGACCUCCAACCACGAAACAACACCAAGAUGCUACUCGCAAGAUACUUCAGAUAGGCUUCAGAUUUCAGAAACCUGGUGUCUGGAUGGAGUACAGGGACACAUGCAAGACAAUGUCCAGUACUGUCCAACAUUCGCAGCCUUCAGUGAUUCAACACAACAGAUGGAAAACAACUUUCCUUCUACUUCACACUUCAGAGACACACAAUCCUAUAUGUUAUCUAAUUGUGUGCUGAAUUUCUUCUUUUAA